UAUAAAACCCCCACUUCACAUGCCAAUGUGAUACCCACACAAACAAAACUCCCUCACAAACUCACACUCUCAAACGUACAUGUUCUACUGCACCAACCAUGGCCACCUCCACAACCACCACCACACCCUGCAGAGAUGAACCCGACUACGACAGCAGCUCCUCCUCAAUCACCACCGUCCCUGAAUCAACCCGGAGCUGGAUGACCAACCUCAGCUUCGGCAGCCGCCCUCGCCGGAGCUCUGUCUCUGUCUGCUCCACCACAACAGACACCUCCUUUCUGUUCCCUGGCUCUCACGCCAAGCCCCAUAAGGCAAACCAAGCCGCCUGGGAGGCCAUGAGGCGACUCCGAAGCGACAAAGGCCGCCUCGGACUCGAACACUUCCGCCUCCUGCGGCGGCUUGGAAGCGGCGACAUCGGCAAUGUCUACCUCUGCCAGAUAAGGAACCCCGUGGUGGGGUUGCCGCAGUGCUUCUACGCCAUGAAAGUGGUGGACAGAGAAGCACUUGCCAUAAGGAAGAAGCUUCAGAGAGCAGAGAUGGAGAAAGAGAUUCUGGGCAUGCUUGAUCACCCUUUUUUGCCUACUUUGUAUACUGAGUUUGAUGCUUCUCAUUAUUCAUGCUUGGUCAUGGAGUUUUGUCCCGGUGGUGACUUGUAUGCUGCUCGCCAACGCCAGCCAGGGAAACGCUUUACCAUAUCAUCCACUAAGUUCUAUGCAGCCGAGACACUUUUGGCACUGGAGUAUCUUCACAUGAUGGGAAUAGUGUACAGGGAUUUGAAGCCAGAAAAUGUGUUAGUUAGAGAGGAUGGUCACAUCAUGCUUUCAGAUUUCGACCUUUCUCUCAAAUGUGACGUCGUUCCUAAGCUUUUAAGGAGCAAAACAAAGUUGGAGAGGAGCAUCAAGAGCACAAAGAGAUCUUCCCCUGCUUGCUCUGCCCCCAUGCACCCUGUUUUGUCCUGUUUCUCAAGCAAGAAAAAGAAAGCAGCAACAUUGACAACACUCAUAAGAGAAAACGUUGUUGAUGAGGAACAAGAAAUUGAUGAAGAUCCUGAGCUUGUGGCAGAGCCAAUUGAUGCAAGGUCCAAGUCAUUUGUGGGGACACAUGAGUAUUUAGCACCAGAAGUGAUUUUGGGACAAGGGCAUGGUAGUGCAGUGGAUUGGUGGACUUUUGGGGUGUUUUUGUAUGAGAUGUUGUAUGGGAGAACACCCUUUAAAGGUGAGAACAAUGAGAAGACACUGGUGAACAUUCUGAAGCAGCCAUUGAGUUUUCCUAGGAUUGCAGUGAGUAGUAGUGAAGAGUUUGAGGAGAUGGUGAGGGUUCAGGAGCUUAUUAGCAAGCUGUUGGUGAAGAAUCCAAAUAAGAGAAUUGGAAGCUGCAUGGGUUCUGUUGAGAUCAAGAGGCAUGAGUUCUUCAAGGGUGUGAAUUGGGCUUUGAUUAGAUCAGUUAGACCCCCUGAGGUCCCUGCUGAUACGAACAAGAUUAGGAGUAGGGUCUUGGUGCCCAAAUUAAGCAAGAAAGAGAGGGAUCAGCCAUUUCAGCUUACUCAUCAUUUUGAAUACUUCUAAGUUCUAACUGCAGAAUGUAAUUAACAGUUUAGGAAAAGUUAAAUAGGUUUUCCAGAAAAAUAUGUGUUUGCCAUAAAACUAAUGAAGGGUUCUUUGUUAAA